AUGCCCGGCUUCGCUGACUCCUUCUGGUCGAGCGACUAUGCCGCAGGACUCGGGGUCCUGUUUGGCAAGCUCCAGCAGGGCGUCAUGGAGAACCGCCAAGUCCUCACCAUCGCGCGCCUGCGAGCCGAGGCCGAGGAGACGUAUGGACAGCGCCUCAAAGAGAUUGCCCCCGCAGCCGACAAGAUCAGCACCGGCUUUGCGCGAGACGACGGCGCCACUGUCCGCAAGGCCUACGACGGCAUGCGCACCGAGAUGCAAGACGCCGCGCGAAGCCAUCAGCGCAUCGCACAAAACAUUCGCGACCUCGUCGUCAACCCCUUCUCGCGAUGGUGCGAUGCCCACGAGGCCCGCAUACAAGACUCACAGGACGAGCUCCAGAGCCGCAUCAAGGCCCACGACCGACAAGCCGAGGCCGUCCGAAAGCUCCGAUCCAACUACUUCAACAAGUGCCGUCUGGUCGAGGAUCUCGAGGAGGAGAAUAAGCUAGCCUUUCAAGACCCAGAGACCAGCCCCAAGCAGGCCCCGCCCAUCCCUGAGAUCAAGGUGCAACCCCACAAAGAAGAGUCCGACGACGACGACGAAAUGUACGAGAUUGGCGACGAGACGUACCAGCCCGACCAGCUCAAGAAGAUCCUCUCUCAGAUGCUGUCCACCGUCAAGAUGGGCGAGACCAAGGUUCCCAUCCUCGGCACCUACCUGAACACGUCGGCCGGCUCAGACGUUGUCGAGUAUCUCCAGCGAAACAUGGGCAUCAGCAGUGUCAGCUACGCCGAGCGCAUCGGCCAGGAUCUCAUCUCCAACGGCUUCCUGCGUCUCAUCGGCAAUGUCGGCAGCACCUUUGCCAACAGCUCCAAGCUCUUUUAUCAAUGGCGCCCCAAGGCCUUUAAGCUCGCCGGUGUCCCCGAGAAGAAGUUUGCCCCGAGCCGGACCCUGUCCAUGCCGACGACGGGCUCGGACUCGAGCGACUCGCCCGUCGUCGGCACCGUCAGCGAGUACUUGGCCAACUGGAACGUCCUCAACAACUCACAUCCCAACGAGACGCCAGCCCAGCGUCUACACCGUGAGUCGCACGAGUCGGACGAAAGGUACAAAGCCGGCGUCCGGAAGCUCGACGAGCUGCGCUGCGAGCUGGAGGAGGCCAUUGUUGUGCACCUCAAGUUCCUCGAGCGCUGCGAGCUCGAUCGGCUCAAGGCCAUCAAGACGGUCAUCCUCGACUUUUCCGGCGGCAUCGGCAACGUCAUCCCCAGCCUCCAGUCCACCGUGGACAGGAUGCUCUUGUUCCAGGAGACGGUCCAGCCCCUGGGCGAUCUGCGGUACUUUCUCGAAAACUACCGCACCGGGAGCUUCGUGCCCAAGGUGGUGGUGUACGAGAACUACUAUAACAAGGUGGACGAGCAGACCUUUGGCGUCGACCUGGAAGCCAGGGCCAGAGCCGACAAGAAACGGGUGCCAGUCAUUGUCACGACGCUGCUGACCUAUCUCGACCACCACUACCCCGACCUGGAGGGCGACGAGGCGCGGAGAGGCGUCUGGCUCAUCGACGUGCCCCUUGCGCAAACACACAAGCUACGUGCCUUGGUCAACGACGGCAAGCCCGUGCCUCAGGAAGUCUUGAGCAAGUUCGACAUUCCCACGGUCGCGAAUCUUCUCAAGCUAUAUCUGCUCGAGCUACCAGAUUCGCUCGUCAGCUCCCACGUCUACGAAAUCGUGCGGACUAUAUACACAACCCCUGCCGCAGAUGCCACGGACGCCUCCCGCGUUGCGGUGCUUCAGCAGACUCUAUCGCAGUUGCGCCUCACAAACAUUGCCACCCUGGAUGCGUGCAUGAACCACUUUACGAGGCUCAUCGACCUGACGUCAGCCGAUGAAGCGUACGUUGCCGCCCUCUCGUCGUCCUUGGCGCCCUCCAUCCUACGGCCUCGGUCGGAGACGUCUCUGACGAUGGAGGAGAAGCACUCGGCUCGACUUGUCCGGGAUCUCUUUGCGCACAAGGAGGCCGUCUUCAGCGAGCUCAAGCGCAUGUCGACCUUGAACCACUCGUCGUCUGUGGGCGGAAACCGCCCGCGGGCCGUCAGUACGGACGAAAGCAACCGCAAGGCGCUGAUGGAGGAGCGCAACAGGGCUCUGGUUGAAAAGGUCAACGCUACACGGGGUCGGGCCACGAGCCCGGCGCCCGGCGCUCGAGGACACCGGCGCGACCGAAGUAGCGGCGGGCCCGAGACGCGGUUUCCGAUCCAGACGAGCCCGCCCACGACGGCAGCAGAGCGCCAUCGCAUCAGCCUCGGCGGCAUCGACGGGCGCCUCAAGCGCACCUCGCUCGACGUGCCCUCGGAGGAUGGCGACGUCGCAAACGGCUCCCCGCAGGCCUCGAAGACAAUCGACGUCGAGGCCGCGGUGGAGACUCCCAGCGGCAACCGCACGAGCACCACCAAGUUUGUCGGCGGCAAGAGGAUCCCCACGUCACCCCCGCAAGAGCCGGCCCCUCGGGGGGUGACUCUGGAGGACAAGCCCAUGGACGACUAG